UGCAUUUUUCGCACAUUGGUCGUUUCAUCUGAUUCCAGUGCGUAAUUGCGCGUGGUUAUCUGAAUUUGGAUUAAUAUCGUCUACUAUAAAGUAUAUACGUCUGGAUAACCAGAGAGGUUAUACUCGCCUGAGGCAUGUCCAACAUACUGCAAAUUCUUCAAAACUUUCGGAAUUGGAGAAUCGAUGCAGAAGAAGUACAUCCACGAGCGCCCUCUACACCGAUUAUCACCAUAUUGCCUCCUAUUGAAGAUGUAGAGAAGGCGCUGAAAGAAGACGAAAAUGAAAAAGAAGUUAUUCGCUCCGAAAGUUACAGGAGUCAGAUAAUGUCAUGGUUGCUGUCAUCUAUACGUAGCCUGAAAGCAAAAAUUGGGCUGAAAAGCACUAGCGAGAACACAGGGGAGCUUCAAAAUAUGUUACCUGGUGAAGGAAAAUCGCACCGGCUCAGCAAUGCAUCAGAUAAACCACCUGAAGGAUUGUGCCUCAUAACACAGAGCCCCUUCAGAAUAUUAAGGGCGGCAGAGAGCGGCAACUUAGAGACUUUCCAGCGGCUGUUCUAUGCAGAGCCAACUCGUCUGGCGAUCCGCGACAGCAAAGGUAAAACGGCUGCCCAUCAAGCUGCUGCCAGAAACAGGGUCAACAUACUGCAAUUCAUACUGGAACAAGGAGGAGACUUGGAUAAUCAGGAUAAUGUUGGAAAUACUCCACUACACGGCGCAGUAGAACACGAGUCGUUGGAUGCAGUUGACUUCUUGCUCAGAAAUGCUGCUCCUAAGGUUGCGUAUGGAGUUAGUAACAAAGCCUGCACAGACCACACAUGGGCUGAAGGACCUCUCGUAAGGUCGAUGGCCAGUUGGUAG